GAGUUCACGCUGCUCGCGCAAAGACAUCUGGGAUUGUGGAGGUCUGGCUCGGGCGCUUUGAUUUCCGCAGUGCAGCGUGGGAUAGUGGAAGAAGUCAGCGAAACAGCCGUAGAGAAAUGGAUGUCUUUUUGAUGAUCAGACGUCACAAGACAACCAUCUUCACAGAUGCUAAGGAGUCUACCACAGUCUACGAGCUGAAGCGGAUUGUGGAGGGCAUCCUAAAGCGAGCACCAGAGGAUCAGAGGCUUUAUAAGGAGGACAUGCUGCUUGAAGAUAGUAAGACUCUUGGAGACUGUGGCUUCACAAACCAGACAGCCAGGCCUCAGGCUCCGGCCACAGUAGGGCUGGCUUUUCGCAUCAGUGAUGAUGCUUUUGAGCCUCUAAGAAUAGAGGCCUUCUCCAGCCCUCCUGAGCUUCCUGACGUUAUGAAGCCUCAAGACUCGGGCAGCACCGCCAACGAACAAGCCGUGCAGUGAAGAAGGAACCGAUGAGAAAAAGGGUUGGGGGUGGGUGGGGGGUAAGGCGAAGGUAAAGAGUGUCCAAAACAGCGGACAAGCAAAACGUGUGUGUAUUAAGAUGGUGGUGUGUAUCGAGUUACAUAAAGGAGGGGGAAGCAUGAGUGAGAGUGAUCUUGUGUGAUAUUGUAACUUUGCUGAGAAUUUGAUCCGCUCUCCCUGUUACGCCUCACGUCCCAUCAAGCACUAGCAGCUUACUCUCACUGUAUUGUCGCAAACCCUUCCAAUAUUCAGUGUCUGCUCAGUGCUCAUCUACUGGUUAAUCCACCAAUCACGUCCCCUUUGGCGCAGGCACAUUUUGAUUUGGUAAUGUUUUCCUUCAUUUCUGAAUGAAUUGCUCAUUUGUUAGUCACCUGACCAAGGUGGUUAGAUAUCAGAGUGUUUAAACCUGUGCUCCUUAUUUAAUUCACGCAAAUGUUAUGUUUGGAGAGUUAAACAAUUUGUGCUUUUUUGUGUGUUAUGAUCUGUUAGGGCCGGGGUGGGUUUGUGUAAGUGGCUGUGAGGUUUUACAAAUGCCCACUUUACUGAUCGCAUUUACAGUACGCUGUUGUGUGUUAAUGACUAUUGAUAUUAUAAUUAUUCUUAUUUAGAUCCUUCAUAAUUUUAUUGGGGCGCUAAAGGCCUUAGGCUGUAUCGUUUUACGUUACCAACUUAGUGUAAAUGCACAUGGAACUGACUGAACCUCAGAAUGGGCAUGGAUGCCAUCAGGUUAUACCUGCAGAUUAAUUCCCAGCACAUGGUUAUGGUGAAUUCUGACAUACAGUGGUUUCAUUGUAAAUACAUUUUUCCACAUGCAUUGUUGCUUCUUGAAGUGUUUUGCAUUUCUUUACAAUUUUGUGUUUGAGUUAGUAUCUGCUUGUUUCUUUUUGAGGUUUUGUUUGGAAGCUUAAGUAUUGACGUUUAAUUCCCUGAUUUUGAAUUUAAAUCAAAGGGGAGUGUAAAUGCUAGUGAGCUUUUUUUUCUUUUGUGUGUGUGUGGAAUUUUAAUUGGAAAGAAUCAACUAAAAUGUAAAGAUCAAUAAGAAUGAAGCCUUUGGGCAUAGUUGCUUGAACAAGUGAAUGUUUUAAAUUUAACACAAAUGCUGACAUUGUGUUCAUCCCAAAAAACAGACGCUCCUAAUGUUUUUGCGAAGUCACCUUUAUCCUUCUCAGUGCUCUUGCAAAAAA